CAUGCACACACUGCUUCCGCGCAUUCACAAACCUGUCCAGUGCCAGGACACAGCUCGCCACGCAGUCUAGUUCUCAUUCCACCGUUCUCUCCAGCGAUAGCUACGCUUUCAAAAAUUCCAGAAGUUCUUGCAUAAUACACCUUGAAUUCUGGAGACAUGUGGUUGUCUGAUGCGCAAAAAAUUGGCGUGGCCCUUACGACCUUCGGGACACUAUUCAUGUUCCUUGGUGUCAUGUUGUUCUUCGACGCUGCUUUGCUAGCGCUAGGAAAUAUGCUCUUCUUAUCCGGUCUUACCUUGAUUAUUGGCCCUCAGAAGACAUUCUACUUCUUCGCGCGAAAGCAAAAGCUUCGAGGAACAGCAUGCUUCAUUGGCGGUAUUCUGCUCGUGUUCAUGAAGUAUGCAUUCAUUGGAAUGAUUGUUGAGAUAUUUGGCUUCUUAAACCUGUUUGGUGACUUCUUUCCCGUGGUCGUGACAUUCCUGCGUCAAUUGCCAUUCAUUGGCAACCUAUUGUCAUUGCCAUACAUUCGACCUCAGAUCGUGGAUCGUAUAGCGGGUUCAAGGACAUCGGCUGUGUGA